AUGGUUCUAAUUGUACUUUGUUUGUGUGCAAUUACGUUUAGUAAUGGGCUAUCACUCGAAGAAACAUUAGAAAACAAGGUUCGGAGGAUGAGUGAACUUAGCACUGGGCAGUCAUAUAUAAAUCUUAACUUCGACCAAUUUAAUCUCUUAUUGAGAUCACAGCCAAGAAAUUAUUCAGUUAUACUACUUUUAACAGCUCUAGGUUCUGGUAGAAACUGCGUACCCUGCAAACAGGCAUUCGAGGAAUUCCAAAUAGUUGCUACCUCGUGGAAGUAUUCUAAACAACGUGAUAACCGUUUGUUUUUUGCGGUCGGAGACUUUGACAAUGCGCCAGCUAUUUUCGAAUCAUUACAUCAAGAAACCGCACCUUCUAUUGUACAUGUUUCGCCUAAAGGUAGUAUAAAGCCGUCUGACUAUAUGGAAAUUAUGGUUCACGGAUUUUCAGCAGAGGCAAUAGUGCGAUGGAUCGCCGAUUUAACGCAGAUUCAGAUUCGCGUUUUUCGUCCUCCAAGUUAUACCGGGACCAUGUUACUAGCACUUUUUAUGUCUCUUGGUGCUGCAGUUUUGUACUUCCGUCGAAUCAAUUUGGAAUGCUUGUACAACCGCUCAUUGUGGAGUGCAAUAUCAUUGGGUAUCAUACUAUGUGCUAUUUCUGGACAAGUAUACAAUCAUAUUCGCGGACCACCACUUUUCCAUGCAGCACCUCCAAAGGGUGAAAUUAAGGCUUUCAUCUAUGGAGGGUCUGACUACCAAUUUGUUGCAGAAACAUUUAUUGUGAUGAUUCUAUACAUAGCAUGUUCCGGAGGAAUUCUUCUCAUGAAUGAAGUUGGUUCAACUACUGAUCCUACAAAACGAAAAGUUUUUACAAUAUCAGGAAUAGCUCUCUUUAUGAUAUCUGUAAACUUAAUACUAUCUGUCUUUCGGAAAAAAUAUCCAGGUUAUCCUUACGGAUUAUUUUUCAGGUAA